UUCUGAUACAACUUACAUGAAACAAUAUUCACCACUUGCAUAUGGAAAGGAAAUAGUACGUAUCAACUCAAUUAACAUUCUUUACGUUCUUGUACAUCUCUACAAUUAGUGAAUUUCACCUAAUUCGUCGACAGCUGGUGAUUUCGCUAAAUCAUUUUGCUUUUCGUUACUGUGUAUUCUAUAUAAGUUCUUAAGGACUUUAUGCAAAAGUUUAAUCACUAAUAUAAGAAUUAAAUCUAAGAGAAUCUUCGGUGUGUUUCAUAGGAAUGAGCAGAUGGAUAAGAUGAAAGCCGUUUUAUUUCCAGGUCAGGGUGUCGAAUGGCGAAGGUCCAUGCAAUCGUACCUUUCUAAUAAAACUGUUGAAAACACUUUGAUUGAAGCCGAAGAAGUUGGUGGAUUCCCGUUAAGAAGUUAUAUACUGGAUGCAAAGCCGGAUUAUGAAUUACCAAAACUGGGUACCAUGAUAGUUCAGCCUGCUAUCCUCGCCUGCUCUGUAGGACUUUUUCGUGCAUUUCUUCAACGAAAUGGAAGCUCUUGUCUGUUUGCGGGACAUUCUUUAGGGGAAUAUUCGGCGCUCGUUGCUAGUCGGGUGCUCUCUUUUCCAACAGCAUUAAAACUAGUAACUACUAGGGCAAAGGCAAUGGAUGAAGCUUGUCAAAUUACUAAAGAAAAGACUUCUAUGCUCGCACUAACUUUGUUUAAUCGACCAGCAUAUCCAACUAAAUUUCAGGACGAUGUAAUAAAAGCAAAAGAGCCUUUUUCCUUCAUAGACAUUGCAAAUAUCAAUUCAUCUAGACAAAUUGUACUUUCUGGAAAGUUUGAAGAGCUUGUUACCCUUGCCAAUUCCAUUCAAUCGAACACUGCGAACCUUGGUCGAGUGCGAGUAAAUUGGUUGGACGUUGCAGGUGCAUUUCAUUCUCGUUAUAUGUUCCCUGCAUUGCAACAGUUAAAGGAUGCUCUAUCAAAAACUGAAUUCCACACGAGAGAUGUUACCAUUCAAUCCUCUAACGGUAAGUCUCAAUUGCCGAUUGUUUCCAACGUUACGGCUGACUUGUAUCCAACUGACGCAUCAAAAAUACGUGAAAUACUUCUUCUUCAGUGCGUAAAACCUGUCCUUUUUUGGCAAAGUAUGUCAAGGUUAAAAAACGAAUACGGAAUUACUCAUUGCUAUCCAUGCGGGCCCGGUAGCACGAUGCAGUCCUUAGCAAAACAAAAUGAAUUACAUAGCGAGGAUCUAUAAUAAUUAAGUCCUUGAUUUGUAUUACGCUACUUACCAGAUGCAGCUGCUUCAUCCUAAGGAACCUCUAAUUAAUGGGUUACUAAGUUCAUUUACUUACAUAUUUUCUUAUCAAAUUGGAAUCCAAAUCAAAAGUUCAACUCACUUACACAGCAGAACGCAUAGUUACGAAUCAACAAUCAUUACACCAUUUACUAGUACAGAUACUGGAACGAACAGUUAUGUCAAUAUGUCCACUCAAAUAGCUAAUAUAUUCAGAGCUGGUACACUACCAUGGAUUUUGAACAUGCUUUCACAACCGUGCCAUUUAAAUAUAUUCUUUGACUUGCUAUUCAAAUGACAAGACAAGACGAAGGCAAGAACACAAACCCCAAAUGUAUGCAUUUACUUAAGCUUCUUCUUAGGACGGAGUUGGUUGGUGUGACCACACUUUUUCUUACGGCAGUUGGUGGCACGAGGAGGAAGACGAGCAUAGCACUUACGGCAAAUUUGCUUCUCACAGUUGUGCUUGCUAGCCAAAGCCUUCAAAGAGGGUUCAAUGAUACCACCACGAAGACGGAGGACCAAGUGAAGGGUGGAUUCCUUUUGAAUGUUGUAAUCGGAAAGGGUACGGCCAUCUUCCAAUUGCUUACCAGCGAAGAUCAAACGUUGUUGAUCAGGAGGGAUACCUUCCUUGUCUUGGAUUUUGCUCUUGACGUUGUCAAUAGUGUCAGAAGACUCCACCUCGAGGGUGAUAGUCUUACCAGUCAAAGUCUUGACGAAAAUCUGCAUGUUGGUGGUGGACAAAGGAUCAUCGUUGUCAAACUAUUCCUCUAGUUUUGAGCCCAAAAAAGCAGUCACGUGAAUUUCCCAUCAGAAUGAACACUUUGUUCUUAAACCAGGAUAACGAGAUUCAGCGAACAUAUAGUUUUGGGUAAUUAAACAAGAUGAUUUAUUUUUACAUCUUAUAUGUACUAC